AUGUAAUAAAAAAUAUAAUAUGAUCUCAAAGCAAUUUAUUGUUUUAAUUAAAAGAAAUUCUUCAAUAAUAAUGAAGUUUUUCUUAUCAAUUUUUUUAAUAAUUUAAUAUUUCAAUAAAAAAUUACAAAAUAAAAAACAAUGCAAUCUAAAAAAUAAUUUUACAGUCUUAAAGAAUUUUAAAGUUCUUCUUUAUCUUCUCUAACAGAGGCUCAUCUUAUUUUAAACUAUAAUGAAUUCAAUGAUUAAGCUACAUAAAAUUUAAGUUUAGCUUUGGCAGAGUGCAAAAAUCUCACUAUUUUAAUACUUUGGCUAUACUCAAAUAAUAUCAAAAAAUAUGGUGUUUCCAUUUUAAGUAACUCAAUAGCAAAAUGCACUAAUCUUUUAAACUUGAAUCUAGACUUAGGAGAAAACAAAUUUGGAGAGACUGGUAUUUAGGGUUUAUCAUCUAUAUUUAAAAACUGUGUUUCUCUUUAAACUUUGGAUCUCAAUUUAUCAAAAAAUAUGCUAAAUAAAAGUGGAGCUUUAGACUUAGGUUAAGGUUUAUCUAUGUGUCAUUCUCUCUAAACUUUGAAUCUGAAUAUUUGUGAUAAUUAAAUAGGCGAUUAGGGAAUUUUCAAUUUAGGUUCAGGAAUAGCUAAGUGUGUUAAUCUUUUAACUAUCUCUAUUUUACUAUAGGAUAAUGAAAUAUAAUCAGGAGCAUCCAAAUUCGUUUCUACCUUAGAAAAUUGCCCCCAACUUAAUAAUUUGACACUCAACUUCAAUAAAAAUUAUAUGGAAAAUUCUGAUCUUGAAGAUUUAUUCUUUGCUUUAAUGAGAUUAAGCAAACUUAAAAGUUUGGAAAUUUUGUUCAAAUUAAGAUAUCUAAAAACUCUACAGUCUCAAGAGUCUGAAAUAUCAAAAAAAGACGCUUAAAAAUUAGGUUGUGCUCUUGCAAAGUUUAAUAAUAUCUAAACUAUUGUUCUUGAAUUAAGUGAUUUCAUGAACAAAUAAAUCUUUUCUCUAUUUAGAAUGAAUUUAAUGAAGACAAAAAAAUUAGUAAAGAUGUGGAUUUGA